AUGGGACAAUGGUUCCUUGGGUGUCGACGGGAAGCAUAUGCAGUGACAACUCCAUUGACACCGAGGAGGGAAGAAAUAUUACGUAAAAGAUGGGAUGAAGUCGGUUCAUUGAUAGCUCUCCAGUUAAACAAGAAUGAGUACAAUGUGAUGUGUGGAGAACUCGAUGCAAUAGUAAAUUUAAGGUCAAAGAGUUGCACGUGCAAAGUUUUCAUUAUUGAGAACCUUCCAUGUAUUCAUGUAAUAGCAGCAGCAGGAAAGGCACAACCCCAAAAUACUGUGGAACUCAUAUAUUCUAUGUGUUCAAAAUACUACACGUCAGAAUAUUGGUUGUUAGCAUAUGCUGAAACUAUUUAUCUUGGUCCUCCAAACUCACAAUGGACCGACAUUCCUGAAGAUGUUAUUGGAGUUCAAGUGAUAGCACCUCUAGAAGACAAGACGAAAGGAAGACCAAAAAUCAAUCGCAUACCUUCCCAAGGUGAAGUUUCUAAGAAAAAAUAUAAUUGUGGAGCAUGUGGACAAUCAGGACAUAAUUCAAAAAAAUGUCCUAGUCGACAAGUGCCAUCAGAUGCUAGAAGCACAACUCAUGUGUGA